CGGAUACUGUCACCCAGGUGACACGGUGAGGAAGGGUGAUUCACAGGCUUUCGUUAUGACAGCUCCGAAAUGGCCAGGCGUUGAGGACACUCGGUAGUAAUGUUACAAUAGCACUAUUAAAGUACUGUAUGAGUAUAUUGUUUGUGAACGUUCAUUAUGGGUCCGCGGUGUUACUGAAUGGAUGACAGCCAUGGUUAUCAUCAAUUCCGUCCUGAAACUGCUGCAGAGGCAGACAUACACAUGUCUGUCUCACCGAUACGGGCUGUAUCUUUGCUUUGGAGGAAUUGUCCUCAUGAUCGUUUCCGCCUUUCAGUUUGGGGAGGUCGUGAUCGAAUGGAGCCGAGAUCAGUAUCACGUCUUGUUUGAUUCCUAUAGAGACAACGUGGCUGGGAAGUCCUUCCAGACACGGCUGUGCCUCCCCAUGCCCAUCGAUGUGGUGUACACCUGGGUGAACGGUACCGACGCGGCACUGCUGAAGGAGCUCCACGCGGAGAGGGAGAAGCUGCAGGCAGAGCAGAAGGCCCUCAGGGAACAGCUUGGGAAGAAUGUCAGUGAUGUGACUGAAGUGCCAAAGAAAAGCGAGAAACCGGAGUGUCUCCUGUCCCACUGCAUCACGGCACCCGUGCUGGUGCUGGAUCCCGGCCUUCCAGCCAACGUGACGCUGAAGGAGCUGCCCUCACUCUCCGCUGCCUUCUCGGCGGCCAAGCAUCUGCUGCAGGUGGCCAAGCCCCGCAACCCCUCCACCAGCGUGUCUGUCCUCAUAUUCCACUCCCAGGCUGAAGCUAAUGAAGCUCAUUCUGAGGUGUCGAACGAUGUUCUUAAGCAUUCCAUCAGCCGCGGUUACUUGACUACAGAUAAGGAGGCCCCUGGAGUGGUACGGAUGCAGUCACUGGCCUACCUGAGCGGCUUCCCAUCAUCCUUCAAAGAGGCUGAGCAGCUCAGGGUGAAGCUGCCACCCACCAUCACUGGCAAGAUCAAACAGCUACAGCUUUACUCAGAGGCCAGCAUCGCACUUCUCCAUCUGAAUGACCCUCAGGAUUUUGGCGAGCUGACUCAGCAGGUCCGGAAGAACCUGACUCUGGAUGGCAAGGAGCUGACCGUCAGCCCUGCCUACCUCUUCUGGGAUCUGAGUGCCAUCAGCCAGCCCAAGCAGGACGAGGACAUCUCAGCGAGCCGCUUCGAAGACAAUGAGGAGCUGCGCUACUCGCUGCGCUCAGUGGAGACACACGCCCCCUGGGUGCGUCACAUCUUCAUUGUCACAAACGGUCAGAUCCCAUCCUGGCUCAACCUGGACAACCCAAGGGUCACGAUUGUCACACACCAGGAGAUCUUCCAGAACGUCUCACACCUGCCCACCUUCAGCUCACCUGCCAUCGAGACUCACAUUCACCGUAUCCCUGGCCUUUCACGCAAGUUCAUCUACCUUAAUGAUGAUGUCAUGUUCGGGAAAGAUGUCUGGCCGGAUGACUUCUACAGCCACUCCAAGGGACAGAAGGUGUACCUGACAUGGCCUGUACCAAAUUGCGCGGAGGGGUGUCCUGGUUCCUGGAUAAAGGACGGCUACUGUGACAAAGCCUGCAAUAAUAGCGCCUGUGACUGGGAUGGGGGGGACUGUCUUGGUGCUCUGGGAGGCAAUCGGUUUGGAGCCGGUGCCGGGGGUGGAGUCCCUGGUGCGGGAGUUGGGCAGCCCUGGCAGUUUGGAGGUUUGGGGGGCAUAACUGGUGUGUCAUACUGCAACCAGGGUUGUGCCAAUUCCUGGCUGGCAGACAAGUUCUGUGACCAGGCCUGCAAUGUGCUGUCUUGUGGAUUUGAUGUGGGUGACUGUGGCCAAGAACACUUUGGCCAACUAUACAAAGUGACCCUACGGAAGAACCAAACCCGGUACUCCCUCCCUCAAGGGGAGACCAAGCCCUACUUCAGCUUUGCCCUUAUCGGUCGUAGGGUAUCCGAGGCCCAAGUCAGUGACAACCCUGUGGUGCGGCACACUUCUAUAGCCAACAAGUGGCAAACGGUCCACCUGCUGCUGCAUGCUGGCAUGAACGCUACGCAGAUUCAGUACAACCUGACCUUCCAGGGGGCAGAUGACCAUGAGUUCUCCAUGGUCUUCACUGUGGAUGUUGACACUCGCGAAGGCGUCCGGUCCAACACAUCUGAUGAUGGCCAGAAGGAUGUUGACAAGGAGGCCAAACCCACUGAAAUAGCCCAAGAGCUUGAGGUACCUUUUGAAAAUGUUCCCUUGGAGAAGAGAGGUCCCAGAGUCCAUAAAAGACCCCCAGGGGAGAUGCCUGGGAUUGUGGUGAAAGUGCCUCAGCUGAACGAAUCCGGGCUCCCAGCCAACAUUCGCAGUGAAUUGCUGGAGUUGGAAAACAGACUCCUGAUUGGAGACAUCACUCUUAAAGGCUUCAACUUCACCAAAGCAAAACUUCUGGAACUAUACCAGACAUCAGCAGGGCAGGCUAUGCAGCAAAAGCGAGGGCUCUCUACUGAAAGGGUGGUGGAACUUAAGCCUCCAGAGAACUUGGAUUCCCACAAGCCAUACAAAGAUCUUGGAGCAGAAGAUAUUAAGAAGGACAAGGCCGUAGCACCCUUGGUGGGUGGCAAGGAGAAACAGAGACUGGUCCAAUCCCACCCUUCUUCCAUCAAGCUACGUGUGGAUGAGCAAGUCCCUGAAGGCGCAGUGGCCCAGCUCCCAAUGUCUCCAGUUCCUAUCACCACCAGGGGACCAUCAGCAGCCAAACACCUUAUUGCAUUAGUGGGGAUUGGGUCCAAAGUUGCAGAUUCUGAAAGGGGGGCCAAUGCAGCCAAAAGGGCAGGUCCAGAACAGAAGGUAGAGGGUGGAGCGGCGUUCCUCAGCAGGAAGCUGCAGCACUACACGUCAGCAGAUCGAGGUUUCCUUCCCUGGGAGAGGAGGAAGUACUUCCAUGACCUGCUGGAGGAAGGCGAGGAGCUAGAGAGGCAGCUGGAGCAGAAGCUGGCUUACCGUGCUGAUGGCACCGCCGCUGGCCGGAGGCUGCAGGACACCUUCGCCGACUCAUUGCGCUACGUCAACCGGCUGCUCAAUGGCCAGUUCGGCUUCACGUCACGCAAAGUGCCGGCUCAUAUGCCUCACAUGAUUGACCGUGUCAUCAUGCAGGGACUGCAGGACAUGUUCCCUAGUGAGUUUGACAAGACCUCAUCUCACAAAGUGCGUCACUCGGAGGACAUGCAAUUCGCCUUCUCCUACUUCUACUACCUGAUGAGCGCUCUCCAGCAGCGCAGUGUCUCCCAGGUCUUUGACGAGAUCGACACCGACCACUCUGGCGUCCUCUCUGACCGAGAGAUACGCACACUUGCCACGCGGAUCCAUGACCUGCCGCUCAGCCUCCAGGAUCUAACAGGUCUGGAGCAAAUGCUAAUUAACUGCUCCAAGAUCCUGCCUACCAACGUCACACAGCUCCACAUGAUUAGUCCCACCCAGGAGGCCUACUAUGACCCCAGCAUGCCUCCAGUCACUAAAGGUCUGGUUGUCAACUGCAAGCCCAUCAUUGACCGCAUUCACAAGGCCUUCAAAGACCAAAACAAAUACAAGUUUGAGAUCAUGGGGGAGGAGGAGAUUGCCUUCAAGAUGGUUCGCACCAACGUUUCCCAUGUGGUGGGCCAGCUGGAUGACAUUAGGAAGAACCCCAGGAAGUUCAUCUGUCUCAAUGAUAACAUCGACCACAGCCAUAAGGACGCCCCUACGGUGAAGGCAGUGCUUCGGGACUUCUACGAGUCCAUGUUUCCCAUUCCUUCUCAGUUUGAGUUGCCAAGAGAGUACCGUAACCGAUUCCUCCACAUGGGGGAGCUCCAGGAAUGGCGUUUGUAUCGAGACAAGCUGAAGUUCUGGACGCACUGUGUUCUGGUUACCCUAGUCGUCUUCACUGUGAUUUCUUUCUUCGCAGAACAGCUCAUUCUCCUGAAACGGAGGCUGUUCCCGCGACGAAGGGCCAACAGAGACAUGAACCCUGAACGAGUGUGAAUAGAAAGGCGUUUCCUACACCUCCCCCCCCCACCUCUUCUUUAGGCAGGACUUUAAAAGGUGGGGAGGAACAGGAAGUGUCUGAGGGAGCUCUAAGUAUAACUGAGAAGCUCCUGUUGGUGCAGAUCUGCAUGUCGCCACUGGACUGAAGUGACUGUGCCUAAUUGGGCAUCUCUUCUCGUGAGGAGGAUGAUCCAAUUGGUGGUUAUU